GUCACUGGAUCUUCAUACUUGAGAUGUCUGAAGACUGAAGAUUGCAUGAAGAUGCCUACUUUUCGGAUUUUAAAUAGUUCUUUCUGGACCCUGCGGCAAAUUAACAAUCUGUCUUUACAUCGAUGGAAAAGAAUAUACCCUUGUGUGCCAAAUUUAUAUUACUGUCAUUCUGCAGCUUCUGCACAGGUCAACUUGCAGGAUAGGCAGGCUGUUAUUGUUCAUACACGACAGCGGUUGGAAGAUAAACGUUUCACGAUUAAAGAUUCUGAUCCAAACAGCAACAAGAAGAGAAACUUACGAGCAGUAUUCUUAUGUGAACAGUUCAAUAAAUUGCAUUUGUCGUACACUGAUGAUAAAUCUUCAACUAAUAGUAUUGAUUUUGAACAAGUUUUUGAGAUGUUCAAAUGUAUAGGUUCAGAUCCUUCUCAACUGUCGUCGAAGGUUGUUGUGGAUUGUGUUGCAGCAUAUGUUAGGCUUUCACUGACUGUUUGUACAAAUGAAGCAGAGCAGAAUAAAUGCCUCACUAUGGAGGAGUACUGUAAGUUUGAGACACAUUUAAGCAGCAUUCUGAAUGACUUGUCUUUGGAAAAAUUAGUGCAGCUUUAUAACACUUUCUUUGAAUGCCGCCAGCGGAAAGAGCAAGCUGUUAUAUUCCAAGCUUGUGAGAAAUUACUUCAAGACAGGAUGUCUAGUGUUCAAGAUCCAUCUGAUGUUGUCACAUUAUGUAAAGUUGCUGAUGACAAUGAAUACAGAGUGCUGUGGGACUCCGUUGAAAAUUGUAUACUUCUGUAUGUUGACAAGAUGUCUUUAACUGAAAUCAUGUCUUGUCUGCGAUCUAUAGUCAACAGAGCUUCUCUCAAUGUUAACAAUAUCAAUAUGAAGCAACUCCUGUUGAAGCUUUGUUCCAAAACCCUUGAAUUUGAAGUUCCGCCACUCUCUUUAUACCACCUAACAGUGGUUACCUCAGUUAUGAGGAAAUUCUCUGUUGUGAAUGAAAUGUUGCUAAAACAACUUUGUGAUAGAAUUCUACAGAUGAGACCAGGAAAAAAUAUUGAGGUAUCUAAACCUCACACAAAGAAAGUCUGUAACAUACUGAAUCACAUAAGCAGAUUUCAAUAUAUUGAUGGAAAAGUAUUUGACAUGAUCGUUAAUCAGAUAUUAGAUUGGAAAGAUUUGACACCAGAAGAUGUUCAAGUCAGUGCAAAAGUUUUAAUUAAUGCUGGUAAUCUUAAUAUGUCUCUCCAAGGAGGUAAAAAACUUCUUCAUAAACUUAUGGAUGCAGAGAAGAAUAUGCCAACAUUGAAUUUAUAUGAUCAGGUCCAGUUAUUAUGGGCCUGCUGUGUUAUGGGCCAGGAAAAAAAUGAGGUUGUGGCUGAGAAAAUUAAGACCUUGUUCCAAUCUGAACUGCAGUCAUCUUUUGGAGAUGAUAAGCGUGCGGAAGACCUGAUGUUGAUGAGGAAACUUCGUGACAUCGCCAUGACCACUGAUAUUCCGUUGAACUCGCUUCCUUUUUUACCAAAGUUACAGAAAAUGGAACAGCAAAGGAAAAUGAGCCAAUUUGAGAAUGCCAUCUCUGACAGUAUAGAAAUAGGUUUACCCAAAGGUUCUUAUAGCAAAGAUGUUGUCUCACCAGCAGGGCACAAGAUAGAAAUUGAACUCUAUGUGGAUGACAGCGGCAAAGCAGUAGCUAAAGAUGAAAAGAGAGAAGACCUACACCGGGUUGCUGUGAAAGGAAGGGGAUACUUCACAUACUCCAAGCCAGACAAUCGUCCUUUAGGCUGGGUGGUAAUGGAGAAUCAAAACCUUGCCAAGGAAGGCUUCAAGGUGUUAGAGAUACCACAUUACGAUUGGAUGAAAAUUGGGAAGAAAACAGACAAAUUAAGCUACCUCUUAGAAAAGAUUAAGGAUGUUAUACCUUCUACGCAGCCUUAACUGAAAAUGACACUUAAUUGAAAGAGAAUAAAUAGUUUGAAAUUCAGAUUUGUUAAACCAAUUUAGAUUCAUCAGCCAAACUUUUGGAAGCUUGCUGCAGAAAAAAAGACAACUUGAAACAACUUAAUUGGAGCAGAUAAAUCUGCAACAUUAUGUUCAAUUUUGAAUCCAAAGGACUUAAAAAAGUUCUUAAAAGUAGAUUUAUUGAAUAUAUGACUGGUCAACUUGGAAGUGUAUGCAUUAAAGACAAAAAAGAUGCCUUUGAAACCAACACUUCCCAUGUGUGUAUAGUCAUUGUUUAAUUUGGCAAAAAUUGAGAUGAUUUUAAAAUUUUCCUGUAUAUAUGUUUAACACUUAAACAUUAUAUAAAAAAAGUUGAAUUAGAUAUUUGUACUUUGCACAGAUGGUGAAAUUUGAAUUUUUUAACAGUUUAUAUUAAUGGUAAAAGUUGAAAUGCAAUAGAAGUUUUCUGGUAUGUGGUAUAGACUGCUUGAUUAGAUGUUAAAGGUGAAAAUAUUAAAUUUGUGAUAAAAAUUAAAUACAUAAAGUAAGAAUUCUGAUCUUGAAAUCCAUCACAAGAUCUCCAAAAAUGUAGUCAAGAAUAUUCUGUAAAUGACCAUGUACAAUUAAAGGGUCAUUCUUACCUGUAUUUGUACAUAAUGUUUUCCUUGUCCAGGGAGAAUGUGACAGAUGUAUGAUAUGGACUCCUGCUAGUCAUCAUUAUUUUUGUUGGAGAUCAGUGUGUUGAUAAUUGGUGGCAAUCUGCAUUGAAUGUUUGUUCUCACAAGUUACUGUUAGCAAAUUAAAAUACACUGUACAUAUAUAUACCCGAAAAUGAUACUUACAGGAAAAGGACUGAAAAAAAUACCAGCAAAAAACCUGAAAACUAACCAGGUCUUAUCCUGCAACCUGGAAGUGAUGAGCCUUGAAUACAUUGUUAGUGAGAUUGCCACCAGCAAGGAAGCUACAUCUCAAAAUGACCCUGGCUGUUUAGGGGCAAUAAAAGCAGCAAACAAGCUCAUCAUUGGUCAUAAUAUCUAUGUAAAAAAAAUGUGAAUAAGGCGUAAUAUUUAUUUAUUGUGUUGUCAACUUUAAAUGGGACUUCAAUAGCUCAAUGGGUAGAGCUUUGUGCCUAUGUAUUCUCCGAUGUGAAGAUCCCGAGAUUCAACACUCUAUACCCGUGGCAGUUCUCAGCAAAAGGAGCAGUCUGUACUGUGAUUAUGUAAUUGGGAAAGGCAAUGUGCCCUAAUUGCUCUGGAUAGCAUGUGACGGGCCUUGUAUAUAAUCUUCAGUAGCUCAUGGCUAUGUCUCAGAAUGGCCUUGGCUGUUUACAAGGAAGUGAAACCAGCAAAUAAAAAAUUUUCAUGGGUCAUAAUCAUUUUCAAAAGUGUAUGAUUUAGAUGUAAUACCGAUUUAUUUCAUGGUCAGCAUUAGAUGUCAGCUUUUAAAAUUUUAUCUGAAUAUUGUGACCAAUUGUAGAAAAAAGGCAUAAAAUCUAUUACUGUUAUUUCAGGUGAUGCUGAUCAAGAUGGUUCAAGAUCUUUAUAGAAACUUGCCUUUUAGAUCUUACAUCUGUAUAUAUUGUUUAAUGAAAUGUGUUAAGAUACUGAAAGAGGUAUUUUUGAUAGAUUCAAAGUUUUCAUUAUUUUUUGAAUGGAUUAAAACUGAAAAUAAUGCAGCGAAAAUGAAAUUUAGAGGAAAGAAUAAUCUGGUUUGAUAAGAUUUACACCAUAUUUUCCUUCCUGCUUUUGGUAAAAACAUGACAUUCUGGACCUAUCAUUCUUAGGAGGUGCAAAUUGUAAACACCAGUUAUAAAUUUGUCCUGAAAAAUCUUGAUAUAGAUUUUACCUGCAAUGGAGUUGUUGAUAAGUGUGUGUUCUGGGGAAAAUGUUCUAAGAUAUUUUCUGAAUGUUGAAGUGCUAUGUUUGUAAAAUAGUGGGUAAUGUAAUGAAAUAGGAAUGAAAUAUUAUUGGAGGCAACAACUCUUGUGAUAUAAAUUUGAAUAAAUAAUGUACAAUCUC